AUGGCACAGUGGUGGCAGAUACUCUUGGGAUUGUGGACAGUCAUGUCCACUGUGACAGGAGACAAGCCAGUCAACAUCUGCAUGAAUGCCAAGCACCACAAGCGAGAGCCUGGCCCAGAAGACAAGCUCUUCUUGGAGUGCGUCCCCUGGAAGGACAAUGCCUGCUGCACAUUCACCACGAGCUGGGAAGCCCACCUGGAUGAGCUCCUGUUCUUUAACUUCAGCAUGUUGCACUGUGGACUGCUGACCCCGGUCUGUCAUAAGCACUUCAUCCAGGCCGUCUGCCUUCACGAGUGUUCCCCUAACCUGGGGCCUUGGAUCCAGCUGGUGAGGAGACAGGAGGCAAAUCCCUGCAACAGCCUUCCAUUAAUCAAAGGCUGGCAUCUCCAGGAGGUGGUCCCAAACAGGCAGGAAGAGCAGGUUCAGGGCGUGCCCCUGUGCCUGGAGGAUUGUGAGGAAUGGUGGGAAGAUUGCCGCUCAUCCUACACUUGCAAAUCCAACUGGCAUAGCAGCUUCCACUCCAGUCAAGAGAAGAACCACUGCCCAGCACAGGCGCCCUGCCGCCCUUUCCCAGAUUACUUCCCCACCCCCAGUGAUCUGUGUGAGAAGAUUUGGAGCAACACAUUCAAGGCCAGCCCUGAACACAGGAAUAGUGGACGGUGUCUACAGAAGUGGUUUGAGCCCACUCAGGGCAACCCCAAUGUGGAAGUGGCCCUCCACUUUGCCAACUCUGCCUCAGCCUGGAAGCUUUCUUACACCCUUACAUCCUUCUCUCUGUAUCUGCUGCUCCAUUCCUGAGGGUCCCUCUCCCACCCACAUUCCCUGAUUCUUCUGAGCCAUGGCCAUUUCCAUCCUCAGGCUAUUCAGGGUGGGAGCAGGCUGGUGCCAGAACUUCCCAUGCCACCCAGGGUCCCCUCUACUGCUUGACCCUGCCUCCACUAGCCUGGUACCCAACUGGUACCUAGCAGUCUAAGGUGACUUGUUAUUCCUGCCAUUAGGAAUGGGCAUUACUA